CCGAAGCCAAGGCAGAGGCUGAAGAGUCCAAGAAGAAGGAGGUCGACUCUAAGUCCGCCAAGAAGGACGAGAAGGUCAAGAAGGCGAAGGACGUCGAAGUGGAGAACCUGCUCGAGGUCGACGUGAUGCUGGAGUCGCCGCAAGAAGAGGAGGAGAUUGAUGCGAUCGCGCCAGCCAAAGCCAUGCAGGCCGUCGAACAAACGAUACAACGCAAAUACGGGGACGCGAAGCUGUCGAAGAACUUUGACGAGCAGCGUAUGCCCCAAAGAGCUGAGGCCGAGAUAGUCGUCAGUGAGAAGAGCGUGGUUACCGCGAAGACGCGCAAGACCAUCUUCCGCGAACUUCCUGAGGACGUGCAAGCCGAUGAGGAAGGUGAAAAACCUCGUCAAGUCAUCCUGCAACACCCGGAACCCCUUUCCAUUGACGUUGUCAGUCAAGUCGGAAAGCUCACGGUCGUCGCCAAGCAUCCGAUCGAAGAGGCCGUUUGGUCGGUCCAGGAGGAGAAGGCGACGAAGGAGGCUGAAGAGAAGCCUAAGAAGGAAGCUGUGGCCAAGGCCAGGCAAGAAGCCGAAGACAAGGCCAAGCAAGACGCCGAAGCCAAGGCAAAGGCUGAAGCUGAAGAGGCCAAGAAGAAAGAGGCCGACUCCAAGACGGACAAGAAGGAGGAGAAGGCCAAGAAGGAGGCUGAGGACAAAGCCAAGCAAGAAGCCGAAGUCAAGGCAAAGGCUGAUGCUGAAGAGGCCAAGAAGAAGGAGGCCGACUCCAAGACGGCCAAGAAGGAGGAGAAGGCCAAGAAGGAGGCCGAGGAGAAGGCCAAGAAGGAGGCUGAGGACAAAGCCAAGCUAGAAGCCGAAGCCAAGGCAAAGGCUGAUGCUGAAGAGGCCAAGAAGAAGGAGGCCGACUCCAAGACGGCCAAGAAGGAGGAGAAGGCCAAGAAGGAGGCCGAGGAGAAGGCCAAGAAGGAGGCUGAGGACAAAGCCAAGCUAGAAGCCGAAGCCAAGGCCAAGCAAGAAGCCGAAGCCAAGGCAAAGGCUGAUGCUGAAGAUGCCAAGAAGAAGGAGGCCGACUCCAAGACGGCCAAGAAGGAGGAGAAGGCCAAGAAGGAGGCCGAGGAGAAGGCCAAGAAGGAGGCUGAGGACAAAGCCAAGUUAGAAGCCGAAGCCAAGGCAAAGGCUGAUGCUGAAGAGGCCAAGAAGAAGGAGGCCGACUCCAAGACGGCCAAGAAGGAGGAGAAGGCCAAGAAGGAGGCCGAGGAGAAGGCCAAGAAGGAGGCUGAGGACAAAGCCAAGCUAGAAGCCGAAGCCAAGGCCAAGCAAGAAGCCGAAGCCAAGGCAAAGGCUGAUGCUGAAGAGGCCAAGAAGAAGGAGGCCGACUCCAAGACGGCCAAGAAGGAGGAGAAGGCCAAGAAGGAGGCUGAUGAGAAGGCCAAGAAGGAGGCUGAGGACAAAGCCAAGCUAGAAACCGAAGCCAAGGCCAAGCAAGAAGCCGAAGCCAAGGCAAAGGCUGAUGCUGAAGAGGCUAAGAAGAAGGAGGCCGACUCCAAGACGGCCAAGAAGGAGGAGAAGGCCAAGAAGGAGGCCGAGGAGAAGGCCAAGAAGGAGGCUGAGGACAAAGCCAAGCUAGAAGCCGAAGCCAAGGAAAAGGCUGAUGCUGAAGAUGCCAAGAAGAAGGAGGCCGACUCCAAGACGGCCAAGAAGGAGGAGAAGGCCAAGAAGGAGGCCGAGGAGAAGGCCAAGAAGGAGGCUGAGGACAAAGCCAAGCUAGAAGCCGAAGCCAAGGAAAAGGCUGAUGCUGAAGAUGCCAAGAAGAAGGAGGCCGACUCCAAGACGGCCAAGAAGGAGGAGAAGGCCAAGAAGGAGGCCGAGGAGAAGGCCAAGAAGGAGGCUGAAGACAAAGCCAAGCUAGGAGCCGAAGCCAAGGCCAAGCAAGAAGCCGAAGCCAAGGCAAAGGCUGAUGCUGAAGAGGCCAAGAAGAAGGAGGCCGACUCCAAGACGGCCAAGAAGGAGGAGAAGGCCAAGAAGGAGGCUGAUGAGAAGGCCAAGAAGGAGGCUGAGGACAAAGCCAAGCUAGAAGCCGAAGCCAAGGCCAAGCAAGAAGCCGAAGCCAAGGCAAAGGCUGAUGCUGAAGAGGCCAAGAAGAAGGAGGCUGACUCCAAGACGUCCAAGAAGGAGGAGAAGGCCAAGGAGGAGGCCGAGGAGAAGGCCAAGAAGGAGGCUGAGGACAAAGCCAAGCUAGAAGCCGAAGCCAAGGCAAGGGCCGACGAGGAAAAGAAAGCGGCGCAAGACCUCAAGGGAGCCGAGAAAGAAGCGGACGAGGAGAAGCCCAAGAAAAAGAAGAAGAGCACCAAGAAGGCAGCUGAAGAAGUGGAGACACCAAAGGAAACUACCGAUGAGGAGGGUGCUGAGGUUGCUGAUGUCGUCAAGGCGGAGGAAGAGCAAGAGAAGCCGAAGAAAAAGAAGAAGAAGUCCUUGGACGGUUCAGAACCAACAAAGACCGUUGCGUUCGAGGCAGACCUUGAGAAGAAGGAGGAGCGCCGAUCUGAGGAAGCCGAGCUAACAGAGGUGACCUUGGAGGAGGCUGCUGUGGCCGGUGAGGUUGAUGAGGAGGCCGAGUUGGCAGCUGCGCGCAGGAAGAAGAAGCGUGUGUCGUUUGCUGAAGGGUUGGAGGAGCCGGAGGAGAAGGAGGAAGAGCGUGUGGAACCCAUCGGUUUCUCCGAGCACCCGUCAGACGUCUCGGCAACCGCUCUAGGCGAGCUUAUCCAGCUCACCUGUGCCUUCACUGGCGCCCCAGGAAGUGUCCGGUGGUACAAGGGUGCUGUCGAGAUGUUCGAGAUGCGGAACCGGUACGAGAUCGUGACGGAGGGCAACAGGACGACGUUGCGGAUCCUGCGCGCAGCGCCACAGGACAUUGGCGACUACCACGUGACCCUCGACGACAAGCUGGACAGCAUGAGCUGCCGGGUGGACAUCCGGGCAGCGCCGAAGAUCGAUCUGCUCGACACCAAGUCCGAGAUCAAACUCACGCAGGGCCAGACGUUGAGCUUCUCCUUCGAGUUCAAUGGAUACCCCAAGCCAGAGGUUGACGUCAUUCUGAAUCGACUUCCCUUCAAGAUGAAGGGCCAGGUUGACCAGUACGAGGAUGCGGUGACUGUACGUCUGCGUAACGUCGCCCAGAAGGACGGUGGAACCAUCGAAAUCGACGCCACAAACAUAUACGGAACUGCCACGGCGACGGUCAAGCUGAUCGUGGUAGAUGUUCCUGGUGCGCCGCAGAAGCUCGUCUGCCAGAAGGUGACGCACAACUCUGCCGUACUAUCUUGGCAGCAACCCGACGAGGACAACGGCGCCCCGAUUACGGCGUAUAUUGUCGAGCGGAAGACGGUCGACUUCUCCAGAUGGCGCCAGGUGGCCACCAUCGACGACGGGUCCACGAAAUAUACAGCCAGGGACCUGUUGCCGAAGGAAUUCUACGGGUUCCGCGUUUUGGCGGUCAAUUCUUGCGGAGAAGGAGCGCCUAGCAAGGUGGUCGACGUGGACACGCUGGAGGAGCCGGAGGACUACGAAGAAGAGGGAUACGACGACGAGUUGAAGGAGUACGAGGAUGAGAAGCAAGAGGACUUGGAAGAAGACGAGCAGACACUUAGCAAAACGACGAUAACUGAAGACCAACAACCCGAUGCGGACAUCAAGGAGCCAGGUGGUGACGUCGCCAGCGACAAGGGCAAGCCGAAGGCCGAUGAGGAAGAAACCACCGCCGAAAAUGCGACUGAUAAACGUGAAGCGUUCAAAUCGUCUAAACGGCGCUCCACCGAGAAGCAGCUCACGAAGAAUUUGCAUGUCAAGGGCGCCGAAGGUCUCGGAGAUGCACUCUCCGAAGUCACCGCCGAAGCCGAAUUCAGCGGCGAUGAGCAGCAAGAGAAAAGCGUGGGUCAUCUACCUCACCAGGAAAAAUCGAGGGCCUCGCGUCGCACCCUCGAAUCCACCGAUCGCCGCACCACCAUCGACUCGGAAUUUUCGCAGGCCGAGGAGUCUGAAGCCGCCGAAUUCGGGGCAAGAUCAUCUACCAGCCAAAAAACCUCUAAGAAAACGCGCGAGCCGAAGACCCGGGAGAUGAGCCUCGACUCGGAGCUGAGCAGAGCCGAACUUGCCGGUGACGCCGAGGGGUCGGGACGGGCCGGCGAGAGGUCAUCUACCUCCAAGAAGGUCAAGAAGACGAAGGAUUUGCUUACCGGAAUUGAGGCCUACGUUGAGAAACAGGAAGAGAGCCAGUCGGCCGACAUUUCGGAGGCCGACGCCAACAAGGUCAGCGCCAAGAAGAAGAUCAAGGAGCCGAGGCGCGCCUUGCCGAAGUUGGAGUCGGAGAGUCACGAUUCUGAGGCGGACCCGUCUCGAAUUCGGGAGACCGGAAUCGAUUCCGAUUUUUCGAGAGCUGAAGCUGAACAUGAAGCCGGCGUGACUGGUGCUAAAAAAUCGAAGAAGAAGACCAAGAAAUCGGUCAAGGAACCGGAGAGCCAUACCUCCGAUUUGGACGCCGACUUCAAGAAGGACGGCCAAAUCUGCAAAGCUGACCUUGAAAAUCAAGCAAAAUCUAGCGAAUCAGCUUCAAAACGAGCUCGAGAAGCCGGAAAAUCGAAAACCGGCGUCUCAGGAAGCUUCGAAAAAGAGGGUGAAGCCUCUGAAGCUCAUGCUCAAGCGGCUCUUGCUCGCAAGGGGAAAUCCCAGGCCUACCGGGAGAGCUCGAUCGACUCAGAAUUUGCUCGAGAUUCUGAAGCCCUAGAAGCAGAUGGCGCUCAAAAGUCGCGCUCCCGCGAUAAAACCAAAAAGAAGCUCAAGCAACCCGGAGCUUCAAAAACUUCCCAGGAGCUCGAGCUCAAGGGCAACGAAGCUGCUGAAGCCACUGAAGCUCAAAAGGCGCUUACUCGAAAAGCUAAAGGCACUGCCUACCGGGAAUCAUCUACCGAUUCAGAAUUUGCUCGCGGAGAUCAAGAAGGUCAAGCUGGAGACGUACAAGCUUCAAAAUCCAAAGCCGGAGCCGAAAAGAAGCUCCGCGAAGCUAAACUCACCGGGAUCGACGCCAAGGAGUUCAGUGCGAGCAAGGACGAAGAUUCUGAAGCUGCACAACAGAGCCUAGCAGCACAGGAACGUGACAAAGCCAAGAAGAAGCUUCGUGAAGCCAAACUUACCGGCGUCGACGCCAAGGAGUUCAGCGCGAGUAAGGACGAGGACUCUGAGGCUGCACAGCAACGUCUAGCAGCUCAUGAUCGAGCCAAGGCAAAGAAGAAGGUCAAGGGCUCGACCAGCCAGGAGAAGAACGUCGACUUGGACAUGUCCAGGGGCGAGGAGUCUGAAGCUGCUGAACAGGCCCAAGUUGAUGCCCAUAAGAAGAAGCUGAAGAAGAAGCUGAAAAAGCCUGGCCAGCGCGAUCUUUCGGUAGAUAGCACUAUCUCCCGAGACGGCUCGACUGGUGCUGCUCAUACCAUCUUGAAGACGGGCGACAAGCUGUACCAGCGCAAGAAGAUGAAGUCGGUCAGCUUCGAACAGUCGUUGUCGGAAGAUCUGCUACAGAAACCUGGCGAAGAAGCCGGAGCCGAAGCGACGAGACGAAGCAGUUCAUCUGAAGCGGCGAAAAAGAGAGUGAGGGGCACCACCUCGAAGUCGGCCUCCAGGGACUCGGAGAUGUUCAAGGAGGGCGAGGAAGAGGAAAUUGAGGCAAGCCUGGACGGCUCGACGACGCCGAAGGCUAAGAAGAAGCUGAGGGCUGCUGGAGAUGAACGCGCCGAACUUGACGCGGAGUUUGAAGGCGAUUCUGAAGCUGCUCAAGCUGAGGCUACGUCUAACUCGAAGUCCAAGGCCAAGAAGAAGUCCAAAGUCAAGGGCAGCACCUCGGAGAACAUCUCCGGCGACUUCGGCCUGGAUUCGGAGGCUGAACGGCUUGAGGAGGAGGCCAAUCUGGGGGGCGUCAACUCCAAGAAGGUUAGCAAGAAGUUCAAGGCCUCGGCAAGUGAGGAAGCCGAGCUUCGGGCGGAGUUGGCCCGCGACUCCGAGCAGUCCGAGGCGCAAAAAAUUGAGCAUGAGAAAAAUGAAGCCAAGGAUGAAGCCAAGCUAGGCCAGGCUGAAAAGGCAAAGCUGAAGAAGAAGAAGGCCGGCGAGGCCGAGAAGUUCACCUAUGACAAUUUGGGAGCUCCAGAAUUUGUGAAGAAGCAGCGCGAUUUGAGAGCGGAAAUCGGGUCGACGGCUGUGAUUGACGUCAAGAUUCAGGCGAAGGAGAAGCCGAUGAUCGCCAUCUACAAGGACGACGGGAAGUUGGACCAGAAAUCUCGGGGGGCUACCGUAGCCUUGAGCCGCGAUGGGGACUUGUGGUCAUUUUCGAUGGUGCUGCCCGACGUGCAAAAAGCCGACGCCGGCUCGAUUCGGAUUCAAGUCGAGAAUGCGGAGGGCCAGGCUGAGCACGACUUCAAGCUCGCUGUGGGAAAACCAGAAACCCGCGGCAAGCUGGACUUCGAAGCCCCGCAUCUGCUCAUCGCCCUGAAGGACCAGGUCGUCAUGGAGGGCGAGACAGCUAGGCUACAAGGACGCGUUUCCGGUUACCCGGCGCCCGAGCUGGUUUGGCUGAAAAAUGGAAAGGAAUUAGCUGUGGCCGAGGACCCGCGAUUCGACCUACAGUACCGCGAGGAGGACGGACAGAUCGACCUAGCAAUCCGCGACUGCACGUUUGCCGACGACGACGAGUACAGCCUGCUGGUGGAGAAUAUUGCCGGAGUCGACAGCUGUAAUUUCGAGCUGAUCGUCGAGUGUCCAGUUUACGAUGACGCUGCCCGGUUCGCGAGGAGACGCACAAAUAAGAAAACCCGUAAGAUGCAGCGUCAGGAUGAGGUGGCCGGGACAUCAGACUCGGAGAUCGAACUCGAGCAGCAGAAAAAGAAGAAGGGCAAACGAGCAAAGAAGGUAUUCGAGCGGAGCAACUCGUUGGCCAAGCGGAUGACGCAGCUUUUGCCUCCAAAAUUCGAGAAAAUUUUAUCGGACCACGACGCCUUGGAGGGAGAAAGUGUUAUAAUGUCUGUAGCGGCCCGAGGAAUCCCCGAACCAGAUAUCCACUUCUACCGCGACUCCAAGAUGAUCGAGCCGGACGAUGAUCGGGUGUUCAUCCGCCGCGGUGGGGCCGAGGGUGACCACAGCCACCAGCUGAUCCUCAAAGAUAUUCACAAGGACGGCGAGGCAGAAUAUGCAUGCCAGGCUGUGAAUAUUGCCGGAGAGGCGUGGUGCUUCUCCGAGCUCGUUGUCCACUCGUCCAAAGAAGGCUCCAUCACCGGCGAGGAGCAGCAGAAGGCAGAGGAGAAACCCAAGAAGAAGAAGACGAUCAAGAAGGACAAGAAGGAGCAAAAGCUAGAGGAAGAUGAAGCUAAGCCAGCGAAGCCAGAAGACGAAGCUAAGCCGACCAGGCCAGUCGAAGCCGAAGCAGAAGCCAAGUCGACGAAGCUCGACGAAGCCAAGCCAGCUAAACCGGUCGAGGCUGAAGCCGAAGCCAAGCCGGCUAAGCUGGAAGAUGAAGCCAAGUCGGGCAAGCCAGCCGAAGCCGAAGCCAAGCCCGAAGAGGAGGCCAAGCCCAAGAAGAAGAAGACCACAAAGAAGGAGCCCAAGCUUGAGGAGCUCAAGGAGGAGGCUAAGCCAAGUGAGGACGCCGAAGCCAAGGCCAAGCCGGAAGCUGAGCAAGCCAAGCCUGCUGAGCUAGAAAAGGAGGCCGAAGCUGAAAAGACCAAGAAGCGGGACGCCAAGGCUAAGAAGGAGGCUGAGGCGCAGAAGGAGGUCGAGCUCAAGGCGAAGGCUGAAGCGGAAGCCAAGCAAGCUGAGGAGCUUAAGCAAAAGAAGCAGGAGGCCGAAGCCAAGGAGAAAGAGAAGCAGGCUGAGCAGGACAAGCAAGCCAAGACCAAGAAAGAGGCUGAGGAGAAGCAAGCCGCUGAAGCCAAGGCCAAGCAAGAAGCCGAAGUCAAGGCUAAGCAAAAAGCCGAAGCCAAGGCCAAGCAAGAAGCCGAAGCCAAGGCCAAGCAAGAAGCCGAAGUCAAGGCCAAGCAAGAAGCCGAAGUCAAGGCCAAGCAAAAAGCCGAAGCCAAGGCCAAGCAAGAAGCCGAAGCCAAGGCCAAGUCUGAUGCUGAAGCCAAAAAGCAAGCUGAGAAGGCCGAGGAGGACGAGGCCCAAGCCCAAAAGGCGAAGGUCAAGAAAUCCGAAGCCGACGAAGCCUCCAAGGUUGAAGCUGAACAAGCCGAAAAACCAGCUGACGAGGCCAAGUCCGAGGAGAAGAAAAAGAAGAAGGUGACCAAGCGGAAGGACUCGGCCGCCAAGUCGGUGAGUGAAGCCGAGGCCAAGUCGAUCCAGGAGGAGAAGGCUGAAGCUGAGGCCAAGCUGAUUGAGAAGGCCAAGGAGGAGAAGGCGGAGGCCAAGAAGAAGGAGGCUGAUGCUCAGGCCAAGUCCAAGGCUGAAGCUGACAAGAAGGAGGCUGAGGCUAAGAAACAAGCCGAAGCCAAAGCAAAAGUUGAGGCCGAGGAGGCCAAGAAGAAGCAGGAGGCUGAAGCCAAGGCCGCUAACGAUCAGGCUAAAAAGGAUGAGAUGGCCAAGAAGGAGGCCGAGGUUCAAGCGCAAAAGCAAGCUGAGGAAGCGAAGAAGAAGGAGAAGGCAAAAGCUGAGGCUGAGGCAAAGAAAAAGGCCGAAGCCGAAGAAGCCAAGCAAGCCGAAGCCACAAAGUCGGCUAAGAAGGAGGCCGAGGUCAAGGCCAAGGCGGAAGCAGAGAAAGCCGAAAAAGAAGCCAAGGCUAAGAAGGAGGCCGAGGUUCAAGCGCAAAAGCAAGCUGAGGAAGCGAAGAAGAAGGAGAAGGCAAAAGCUGAGGCUGAGGCAAAGAAAAAGGCCGAAGCCGAAGAAGCCAAGCAAGCCGAAGCCACAAAGUCGGCUAAGAAGGAGGCCGAGGUCAAGGCCAAGGCGGAAGCAGAGAAAGCCGAAAAAGAAGCCAAGGCUAAGAAGGAGGCCGAGGAGAAGGCUAAGCAAGCCGCUGAAGCCAAGGUUAAAGCUGAGGCUGAGGAGGCCAAGAAGGAGGCUGAGACUCAAGCUAAAAAGCAAGCUGAGGACGGUAAGAAGAAGGAGGACGAGGUCAAGAAGUCCAAGAAGGCCGAAAAGGCCAAGACGGAGGACGAGGAGAAGGCCAAGCAAGAAGUAAAGUCCAAAUCCGAAGCCGCCGAGGCCGAGCAAGUCGCCAAGGCCAAGAUCGAGGAGGUCAAGGAAGAGCCGAAGCCCGAAAAGCCAAAGAAAAAGAAGGCGGCCAAGAAGGACGAGACCGAGGAGGUCAAGCCCCAGGAACUUAAGCCAGCCGAGCCGAGCAAGACCAAGAAGGAGGCCGAGGUCAAGAAGGAGCCCGAGCCCAAGCCAAAACCCCAGCCUGUAGUUGAAAAGAAACAAUCGGAUACCCGGAUGACGAGUCGUGAGACGAGCCCCAGUGGGGAUAAGAAGAAAAAGGUGCUCUCCCCGGUGAAGCAGCCGCAGUCGGCGAGCAUCGUGAAGACGGUCCGCUCGCGCACUUCUACGCCCGUAGAAGGCGCUGAAUUCACGCUGGAGCAGCCGGCGCAGGCCGGCCAAGCCGCGCAAGACGCUGAAGCCGAAGCGAAGGUGACCAGGAAGUCGAGGAGGGACGGGCUGCCCCCAUUGCCCAGUGAAGCCGAUAAAGCCAAGCCGAGGGCUGAUGCUGAGGAGGCUGAGGCUAAGAAGCUGGCUGAGGAACAAGCUGAAGCUGAACAGGCUUUGGCGGAGAAGACCAAGCAGGACGAGAACAAGACGAAGAAAACGAAAAAAUCCGAGGCCGAGAAGAUCAAGGAGGACGAGGCCAAGGCCAAGGAGGAGGCUGAGAAGGCCAAGCAAGAAGCUGACGAAGUUAAUGCCAAGAAGACGAAGAAGGCUGAGGCCGACAAGUCCAAGGAGGACGAGUUGGCCAAGAAGAAGGAGACCGAGAAGGUCAAGAAGGACGAAGCUGCUGCUCAAAAAGCUAAAGCCAAGAAAUCCGAAGCCGACGAAGCCAAGGCGAAGCAGGAAGCCGAAGCUAAAGCUAAGAAAUCCGAAGCCGACGAAGCCAAGGAGGACGAAGCUAAGGCUAAGAAAGCUGAAGCUGCUGAAGCCGCGAAGAAGGCGGAGGCCGAGAAGGCCAAGGACGACGAAGCUGCGGCUCAAAAAGCCAAGGCUAAGAAAUCCGAAGCCGACGAACCCAAGUCGGAAGCUGAACAAGCUGCCGAGACCAAGACCGACGAGAAGAAAAAGAAGAAGGUGACCAAGCGCAAGGACUCGGCCGCCAAGUCGGUCAGCGAAGCCGAGGCCAAGUCGAUCCAGGGGGAGAGGGCUGAAGCGGAGGCUACGCUGGCUGAAAAAGCCAAGGAGGACGAAGCCCAGGCUCAAAAAGCCAAGGUCAAGAAAUCCGAAGCCGAUGAAGCCGCCACGGCCGAAGCUGAGCAAGCCGAAGCCGCCCAGGCUGAAGACGAGGACCAGGAGAAGAAGAAAAAGAAGAAGAAGGUCGCCAAGAAGUCCGAGUCGCAGGUUGGACUUGACGAGGCCGGCGAGGCUUCUGAAGCUGUACAACAUGCUGAAGAAGCCGAGGCUGUAGCUGAGCAAGCCGAGCCCGAGAAGAAGCUGAAAAAGAAGAAGAAGGCCGCCGAGAAGUCGGACGAGACGGCUUCUGAAAUCUCGGAGAUUCCAGAGGCCGAAGAAGCUGAUCUCAGCGACGCCGACAAGGUCAAGGAGGUCAAGGAGGCUGAGCUUGACGACAGUCUAACUCGUCGUAGGGGUUCCGCCGGAUCUACCGACUCCUCAGGACGUCGUCGGAAGAAGCGCGAGGGCUUCGUCUCCGUACCUGACCCCAGGCUCAUCGGGUUCCGCGGCGACUCCGUCAAGUUUGAGUGCGAGCUCGCGAAUGAGGAGGACGAGGUGGAGUGGUUGAUCAACGGCAAGCCCGCUUCAGAAGAGCCUAGGGCGAAGAUCGUGAAAAAGGGCAUCUUCCAGAGCCUCGUGCUCGAAUCUGUUGCUCCCAAGGACCAGGGUCUGAUCAUCACCGGUCAACUACCGAGCGCCAUCUUCGAGUCGAAGCUCGUCGUCGAGGACACGCCGGUGAUCAUCGAGUCCAAGCUGGCCAGAAAGUCCAUCUGCAAGGCCGGCGAGGCCUACACGAUCAAGGUCAAGCUCAACCACGGCACGAAGAACAUCCGCUGGACCCGCGACAAUGAGGUGCUCAGCGCCGACGGGGAGUACGAGAUCUUCUACGACCCGGAGGACGAGUACGUGUCGCUCACCAUCAAGAACCCGAGCUACAAACACGCCGGCAGGUACGUGCUCCAAGCCGGUGAGGCUGAGGUUUUCACAAACCUGGAGGUGCAGGGAGCACCAGUUUUCCCGGAGGAGGGAAGAGCUGUUGAGAUUGAGGCCAACGACAACCUGGUGCUCAACCUGAUCUACAAGGGAGACCCAGAACCCACCGCUGAGGUCGUGCUCAAUGGAAAACCGUUGCCAAAGGAGGCCAAGGUCGAGCUCGGAGUCGUUGGGAAUACAGUAAGAUUCUCGAAACGCCACGCCAGCAAGGAGGACGCUGGUGACUACACCUUCACGCUGAAGAACGAGUUCGGCGAGGUAUCCACCACCGUUAAGGUCAAGGUAUCGGACGUACCUUAUGCUCCGGAGAACCUGCAAGCAACCGCAGGCUCAGCCACCUCGGUGAUGCUCAGGUGGGAAGCGCCGGAGGACAACGGUGGUGCUCAAAUCACCGGGUAUGUCGUCGAGAAGAAGGAGUCCGGACGCCGCGCCUUCCACCCUGUGGCUCAGACCUCUGGCUCCAGAAACAACUUUGAAGUGGAGGAGCUUGAGCCGGAGACGGAGUACAUCUUCCGGGUGGCGGCGGUGAACAAAUUCGGCACCGGCGAGUUCGCGGAGACGGGUACGGUAUCAACAUCUACAGCCUUCGAAGCCCCCACGGUUUCUGAGGCUCCCCGAAUUGAGUCUCAGACCUCGGACUCAGUUACUUUGACUUGGCCAGAACCAACUCGCACUGGAGGAUCGCCCAUCUACGCCUACGACGUCUUCGUCAAGGAGGCCGGCAAGGAGUGGCAGAAGGCCAACGACGAAGCCUGCUUCGCCAAGAGCUUCACCGUGCCGAACCUCAAGUCCGGCGUCGGCUACAAGUUCAAGGUUGAGGCCAUAAACGAGGCCGGGCUGACCUCCGACUCCAACAAGUCAACUGAAACUGUUCAGCUCCAAGGGAAACCCACCCAAAAACUGCAGAUCCCCAGGAUCUUUAUCACGGAUGUAGAUGCGGUAGAUGUUCAUUGGGACUCGCCGUCCGACUCGGACUCUACGGGUUACACCGUGGCGUACAAGUCCGAGUCGUCGUCAGUGUGGGCCGAGGUGGAGGUUCCGCGAAGCCCCGCCCACAUCACCGACCUGAAGGAGGGCAUCGCGUACGUGUUCCGAGUUGCACCACGGAACGCCAAUGGGACCGGAGAGUUCUCGGAGGCUAGUGCGCCGGUUAAGGUCGCCCUCGAAGCCGCGCCGCAAAUCAUCAAGGCGCUGAAGGACGUGAACAUCCCGAAGAAGGGCGAUUUGCAUCUGGAGUGCCACGCCUCGGGAGAACCGGCUCCUGAAUACAUUUGGUACAAGGAUGAUGAAGAAUUUGUCCCAGCCGAUGAUCGAACCGAGAUCCUCUGCGAGGGCCACAUGUCGGCGCUCAAGAUCCACAAGACCAAGGAGUCCGAUGCCGGCAAAUAUACAUGCCAGGUGGCCAACUCGAGCGGAAAAACCGAAUCCACAUCUCGGGUGACGAUCGGUGACGUGAGGGCCCACUUUGAGCGCUCAUUCUCCGAGGAGACGAUCGUCGAAGAGGGGGCGGACAUUGUACUGUCGUGUACGCUGUCCGACGCUGAUGCUCAGGUCAACUGGUUCAAGGAUGGCCGCCGCCUCGCCGUCUCCGAACGCAUUCAAAUCGAGCAGCGCGGAGCGGAUCGCACGCUUGUCGUCAAGAAGGCCACCCUCCAGGACGCUGGCCAUUACCGGUGUGAAACAACAGACGAGCGUAGCCGUGCCGAGGGCGCGGUUACGGUAAAGGAAGAGGAGGCCCACAUCCAGAUCGGCCCUCAGGACCAGGAGAUCCAGAACUUUGGCGAGACCGUCACGCUGGCCUGCCAGCUGACGAAGCCCAUCCGCCGCGCCAAGUGGUUCAAGAAUGGCCAGGAAGUUUGGCCGCAGUUGAAUAAGGUGCACAUGGCCGUCGAAGAGCGCACGGCCACGCUGCAGAUCCGCAACUUUGACAAGCACGACGUCGGCGAGUACACCGUGUCGAUUUCCGACACCGAGAAGAGCGCCCCGGCCACCGUAACCCUGAACGUGCGACCGAUUAUCACACUCCCGGAAGCCCUCGACCGUCCAGAGGUGCAGGCCGUAGCUGGAAAGGAGUUCGACUUUGCCGCUGAGUUUGCCGGAAGCCCCGAGCCCACCAUCAAGGUCUACCACAACGGGCAGCCGAUAUCCCUGUCCGGCGCCGAGGUCGACAAGUACGAGGAUACCGUAUCGAUUCGGAUGAAGCACCUAAAACGCGCUGAUUCCGGCGAGAUUCGCAUCGUCGCGAGCAACGAGUUCGGUGAGACGACGAAGACGAUCAAUCUGAACGUCAUCGACGCGCCGUCGGCCCCGUUGAAUUUGGUCGCUUUCCACACGACUACAAACUCCACAUGUCUUUCGUGGGAGGCCCCAGAACACUCGAAUGGAGCCCCGAUCACCGGAUACGUCAUCGAGAGACGACAGGUGGAGCACGACCGGUGGAGAAACGUAGGCCGAGCUCGGCCUCACCAUUUGACGUUCGAGGACCUCGAUCUUUUCUCGAAUGAGCUGUACACAUAUCGUGUACUUGCUGUAAAUGACGUCGGCACUGGACAACCAUCGAAACAUCUGGAUGUCUAUUCACUUGACGAUGAGGCUGAAGAAGAAGGAGACGAGAGGGAUACUGUCGUUGCUCCUACUCAAGAACUUGGAACUCCCAAUGCACCAUAUGUUGAAGUCGAUGGAGCCAAGGUGCACCUCAGCUGGUCGGCCGUCCCCGCCGCCCAGUUCUACCGUAUCGAGCGGAAGCCGGCCGGAACCGGAGCCUGGAUUGAGCUUGCCACCACGGACCGUCUGAACUACACGGACAGGACAAUUUCUGACGAUGACGACUUCGUCUACAGAAUUGUGGCGCUUGGCGAUUCUACCAUCUCCCCGCCCAGCGAUUCCUCGGUCUCUGUACGCGUUGAAAAAGUUGAAGAAGAGAAGCCGACCUGGUCCGUGAAGCCGGAAGCUGAAGCUGCUCAAGAAGAAGCCGACGACCUCAAGAAGGUCACCGCUGGCGUUGAGGAAGCAGAAUCUGGAAAGAAGAGACGACUGAAGAAGAAAGGACAAGCGGAAGCUGUAGAAGAUCAAGUUUCUGAAGCUGCUCAAGCCGAAGAAGCAGCUGCAAAGCCAUCUGAACUUGUUGAAGUCGCCGUCGCUGACGGCGAUGCCAAGAAGAAGGCCAAGAAGGUGGUGAAGAAGAAGAAGACUGAAGAUAUGAGCUUGGCAAGCGAGGAGGCUUCUGAAAUUUCUGAAGUUUCUGAGGCUUCUGGAGCUUCUGAAGCUGUUCAAGCCAAAUCAAAGGCUGAAGCUGAAGUUGAACAAGCCGAGAAGAAGGAGGCCGACUCCAAGAAGGCCAAGAAGGAUUACAAGGCCAAGCAAGCCGAAGCCGAAGUCGAAGCCAAGCAAGCCGAGGCCGAAGCUGCGCAAAUCCAAGCUCAGGCUCAGGCUCAAGCCCAAGAUACCGAAGCCGCCGACGCCGCCAAAGCCAAGAAGAAGGUGGUCAAGAAGAAGAAGAGCGAGGUUGAAAAGCCCGAAGCUCAGGCUGAAGCCGAAGACCAGGCCAAGGAGGUUGAGGCCAAGUCAGCCAAGCAAGAAGCUGAAGCCGACAAGUCCAAGGGGGUCAAGGCAAAGCACGAAGCCGAGGCCAAGACAAAGGCUGAGGAGACGAAGAAGGAGGAAGAGAAGGUUCAAGCUCAGGCUCAAGCCGAAGCUAAGAAGGAGGCCGAGCAGCAAGCCAAGGCUGAAGCUGAACAAGCCAAGAAGAAGGAGGAGGCCGAAGCUAAAUCCAAAGCUGAGGAAGCCAAGAAAACCGAAGCAAAGAAGGCUGAGGCCGAGAAGACCAAGAAGGAGGCUGAAAUGAAGAAAGCUGAGGAAGCUAAGAAAUCCGAAGCCAAGGCCAAGAAGGACGCCGACGACGCCAAGAAGGUCGAGGAAGAGAAGAAGAAGGCUGAAGCUGAACAGGCCAAGAAGAAAGAAGCCGACGCCAAGAAGGCUGAGGUCGAGAAGUCCAAGAAGGAGGCCGAAGCCAAGAAAGCCGAGGAAGCCAAGCAAGCCGAAGCCGAACAAGCGGCGAAGAAGAAGGUCGACAAGUCGAAGAAGAAGGACCAGCAUGAAGAUGAACAAUUGACGAAGCAGAAGGAGGCGUUGAAGCCUGUUGACAAGAAGAAGAGGGAUUCUCAAGAUGAAGCCGGAACCGCUUCAGAAGCUGGCACGGCUGAAUCGGUGACUUCUGAAGUCGAAUCGAAGAUGUCAGAAGAAGGAGAUGAAGCCAAGAAGCUGAAGAAGAAGACGAAGAAGGCCGAGUCGGAGGUGUCGCAGGCUGAAUCUGGAGAGAAGACGGAAGAUGAGGAGAAGAAAAAGAAGAAGAAGGCCAAGAAGCUGGAUGCCAAGGUAUCCAAGCGCUCGCUGAGCUUCGAGGACGGAGCCGAGGCCGAGCUGGUCGUUGAGGUGAAUGAGGAGGACGUUGAAGCCGAAUGGACCAGGGAUGGACAGAAGCUUGACGCGUCCUACACCACGACAAAUGAGAAGAACUAUUGCCGUCUGAAGUUCCGGGCCAUCGCAACCACCGGAGGUACCUAUGUCUGCAAGGUGAAAUCGAAAGACGGACAGACGGCUACUGUCGAUUUUGAAGUGACCGUCAAUGAAAAGCCGAAGGUUACGGUAGAAGAGAGCGAAGUCGAAGUCAACGCCGGAGAAUCCGUGCAACUGUAUGCAAAUAUCUCUGGUCACCCACCGCCAAUUUGCACCUGGACCAAGGAUGGCAAGGCCCUGAAAGCGGAUUCGAAGCAUGCGAUGAAGGAAAAAGACGGCCUGGCCACGCUGACCAUCAAGAACUGCCAGGCCGACUCGGCGGGCACGUACGUGCUGCUGGCGAAGAACAAGACCGGCGAGACGGUCGUCAAGAUCAAGCUGGCCGUUAAUGCGCCAGGAGCGAAGAAAGCGGAGGACAAACCGCUGCCAGCCCCGGAAAAACCUAUCGUAACCGGUGUCACCCAAAACACGGCUACGGUUGCCUGGAAGGCCGCGGAAUCGCCGGCCGUCCAUUAUGUCCUCGAGUACAAGGAGCUCAAAUCCAAGCGCUCGUGGCAAUCGGUGACCAAGGACAAGAUCACUGGCACCACCUACACGGCCGAGGGGUUGAAGAAAGACAUCGAAUACCAGUUCCGCGUGUCGUACGCAAACGCCUCGGGUACCGGACCCGCUUCCGAGCCAUCGGACCCUGUGAAAUGUGAAGACCGGAAAGAAGAUAAGGAAAAAUCGGAGCAGGCCAAGGGGGCCGAGGAGGAGAAGGAGGUGGCGGCGGCCGAGAAAUCGGCCGCCAAGCCCGAAGAGGCUGGAGUCGAAGCCAAGCCCGAGUUCACCACCAAGCCAGAAGACCUCGUGGUUGCGAAGGAGAAGGGCAAGGUGAAGAUGGUCGUCGAGUAUCGCGGCCAGCCCCAACCCGAAGUCCAUUGGUACAAGAAUAAGAAGGAAAUCUUCUCCGGCAAGCGCCAGUGGAUCGAGACGGCCCCCGGCACGUCCUCACUGUCCAUCGGAGAAAUGCGGGAGGACGACGAGGGAGAGAUUAUGAUCAAACUGAAGAACGCCCUCGGGGAAGCUAGUCACAGCUUCAAGCUAUGCAUGGACUCGCCGCCACAGAUAAACCGCGUCGACCGCUACGCGUCUGCGCAGCUGUUCGACAAGGGCGAAACCGUCAAGCUGCGCCUCUCCUUCACCGGUUGG